AAACAGGAGAGAGAGAGAGAGAGAGAGAGAGAGAGAGAGUCGAGGGUUUUGGUUGGGAAAGUAGAAGAAACGGAGAGGUUUACAUUCCAUAGGUUAUCGUCGCCGCGAGCUCUGUAGCCGAAAGAUACACACAACGAGAGAGAGAGAGAGAGAGAGAGAGAGAGAGAGAGAGAGAGUGGGAGAGAGAGAUGAGUAGCAGAGGUAGCAGCAAUGGCGGCGGCGUGGGGAUACAAGCAGCAAUCCCGUCGCCGUCGAGGAAGAUGGUACAGAGCUUGAGGGAGAUUGUCAACUGUCCCGAGCCUGAGAUCUACGCCAUGCUCAGUGAAUGCAAUAUGGACCCCAACGAGGCUGUUAGCCGCCUUCUCUCUCAAGAUCCUUUUCAUGAGGUGAAGAGCAAACGAGAAAAGAAAAAAGAGAAUAAGGAUACAACAGAAUCCAGGUCUCGUGGCAUCAGUAAUACUUCAAGUCGUUGGGGUAAGGGUGGCACUGAUCGUUAUGAUGGACGUAGUAGUUCAACCCAAUACAAUUAUUCUGAUUCUGGUGCUUUGCAUGGUAGACCUGCAUACAAGAAGGAAAAUGGAACCAAUAAUUACGCAAGCCCUUCAUUUGUGGCAUCUGCAGUGGCAGGAAAUAAUACGAGUCAGCAACCUUCGGCCCACAGGCUAGUCUCAAAUUUGUUGCUCCGCUUUGUUGUUGUAUUCACUCUGAAACAGGUUGUGGAAGCCUAUGAGUAUGAUAUACAAAUGUGCUUGUUAAGAAAGGUAACAAUCUCUGUUAGGAUAGUCCCUUAUGGGACACCCAACAGCUUAGCUUCCAUUAAUAACUUUGUUUUUUGGAUUGUGAAGGAUAACGGACUUACAGUAAUAGGUUGUGUCAAAUAUUGUAAAACACAUGCUACAAUCAAGGAGAAUUGUUCAAGUAGAUCAGCUCUUGCACUAGUUGUUCUUAGUUCCUGGUAUAACUUGUUACCUGGUUCUAUCUGCAAUUUUUGCAAUUUCUUCUCUAAUUGCCCUAACGUUGGCUGCACAUGGCAGAUGUUCCACUGGCGCAUCUCAUCCCAUGACAUGCCUAAAAGCUAUGACAACAUAAAUGAAUUGCAAUGCUUAUUCAGUUCUUUGCACUUGUGGUUCUCUUGCAGCAAUAUUGUAACAACAGAGUAUAAAGCAUCAACCGUUGGCACAAGUGAUGGUAUGUCAUCCUUGCUGUCUUCGGGUUAUCAACCUUCCUGGUCAGGAGUCCCUGGUCAAGUAUCCAUGGCUGAUAUUGUGAAGAUGGGUAGGCCACAUGGCAAGGCUUCCGGCACAACUAACACUUCUCAUUAUGGGGUCAAUGAACCUCACUCCAAUGGCUCUCGUUGCAAUUUGCGUUCCUCGGAGGAUUAUCUAUCGGAGCCAGGAGUUGGUAAUGGCCAGCAUGUUUCUCCUACUGAUGAGUGGCCCUUGGUUGAGCAGCCACCUACUGCUAGUGUCCCUCUUGUCUUGGGGGCACCUGUGGCUUCCCAGCUGCAUGCAGAUGUAACUUAUUUUUCAUCCAACAGUAUUGAUCAGCGUCCAGAGCCUGACAGAGAUGAGUUUGAGGAAGUAGAAGAUGGUGAUUUUGAAAAUACUAGUGCAAUCAGUAGGAAGAUAGAGGAGGACAACUCUGGAGGUGCUUCCCUUUUCAAUAGGGACAUAUAUGAUAACAUUGGUUCUUACCAGCCUCUCACAAGUGGUUUUGAACGGCAGGAAGUUGAUAACGGUAUCUCAGUAUCAUCAGUGAGGUCAAACAUGCAGCAACUAAGUUUACAGGAGGACCUGGGGGCGCCGUCUGAAGAAGAUACCCCUUCAGUAAUAAUUCCGAGUCACCUUCAAAUCCAAAGUGCAGAUUGUUCACACUUGAGCUUUGGUAGCUUUGGAUCCGGUCCAUUUUCAUCUAGGCUGAAGAGUAACAGGGAUGACUCAUCUGGAGAUGUAGAUACUCCAGCAGUUGGGCGCUUAGACACAAGAACUCCUGAGUACUAUGGCGAUGACUCCCUCAAAACUGGCUCAGAUGGAAACUUAGUUCAUAGAACUGGAGCAAAUGUAGGGAUUUAUGAGUCACCAUCCACUUCACAAUCUGACAUGUUGAAACCGGAAAACACUGAGGCACCCCAAGAAAUUCAAUUCUCGUUCCCUUCCUCUUCUUCUGCAUACGACUUUGAAAAUGGCCCACAGUUGAAUGCUCCUUUUCCUCAUUCUCAAACUAGACCUCAGAUGCAGAAUCUUGCUCCAUUCCCCAGUGCAUACACAAACUCAUUACCAAGCUCUUUAUUGGCUGCGAGUGCUGUACCUGCAAGAGAUUUGGAUCUUACAUACUCCCCCUUUCCCAUGGCUCAAUCAUUGAAUGCAAAGUACGGCAGCACACCUUCGUCCAUCAGCGGUUCAACCAUUUCCGUGGCCGAGGCUUUGAAAACAGUUGGCUUUGCGUCAACUCCACAAACAACACCGGCACAGGGCCCUGCUCUUCCCCAACACCUUGCGGCACACCCUUAUUCCCAACCUACUCUUCCUCUGGGGCCAUUUGCCAACAUGAUUGGUUAUCCUUUCAUGCCUCAGAACUAUACGUAUGUGCCACCUGGUUUCCAACAAGCAUUUGCUGAAAACAGUACAUACCAUCAGUCUCUGGCAGCAGUGCUUCCACAAUAUAGAAACAGUAUUUCUGUUAGCAGCCUUCCUCAGUCGAAUGCUAUUGCUUCUGGGUAUGGCAGCGUCGGAAAUUCAACCAGCAUUCCAGGGAACUUUUCUGUGAACCUGCCUGCUGCCCCUGGACCCACAAGCAUUGGAUAUGAUGAUAGUAUGAGCUCUCAGUACAAGGACAACAAUUAUAUGCUCUCUCUUCAGCAGAAUGAGAACUCAGGUAUGUGGGUUCAUGGGUCUGGUUCCAGAACAGUAUCCUCUGUUCCAGCCAGCGCAUAUUUUAGCUUGCAGGGACAGAAUCAGCAACCUUCUGGAUAUCGGCAAACUCAACAGGAGCCUUCACAGAAUUAUGGAGCUCAUAGUUAUCCAAAUUUCUACUAUUCCAACUCUGGAAUCUCGCUGGACCACCAGCAGCAAAACCCUAGAGAUGGGCUCCUCGGCAGCUCCCAAGGCCAACCUUCGAAGCAGUCCCAGCAGAUGUGGCAAAAUGGCUACUAAUCUCUUCACCUCUUGGUUUUUUUACUAGGGUCUUGUAAUGAGUUCGAAAGCGGCCAAUCAAGUCGUUCAUCCUGUUGGAUGACAUUGAUUUGUGAUGUUCUAAACAGAAACUUGAGCGGCUGCUGCCCUGUGCCUAGAGGUUGUAUUUUACGUACUUAUUACUCGGGUAGUGUGACGUAGGAUCAACUUGUGCUAAUUUGGAGUGUUAUCAUUUCUCUAUGUUAUUCAGUUUCCUUUUUCCUUUC